AUGUCUUUAGCCUCUCCCAAGAGGAACCACUCACUCGUUCAUCAUCAGCAAAAACAAGAACAACAGCAGGAACAGCAGCAGGCGCAUCAGGACGAGCAACAUGUGAAUAGAUUUCAGCUAUGUAUACAGCCUCCACAGCGAUCAUCUUCGGUCAAAGAGCAUCAGUCAGUGAGAUUAACUAGAUCAAGCUCCCUCUCUCAUUUUUCUCGAAAGACGCCAAUGAGAUCUAAAUCAUUACCUCAAAAGCCCAAUGGUAAACUGAACGAACCCCUCCCUCCUAUACCUCCUUUUCUAUUCGAAGAUCCAGAACCUUUACAGCCAACUAUUAUACCGCCCUCUCGAUCCUCGAGUUUACAUAAUAAACCUCGAAGACUGAAAAGGAGCCAGCAAGAUGAUGAAAUCACAAAAGCGCUUUUGGAAUGGAAACACAAGUCUGUCUUUAAAGUGGAUUGGGCAAACAUGUUUUCUUCCUCGGUGGAGUUGUGGAAAAUGAAUGACAAAAUAUUUGGAUCCAUCGAAGAUCUGAUAGCUCUCAAGGAAGACGACGAUGACCAGGUAGAAAGGAAAGCACGCUCGCUGUGGGCAGAAGAUGAAGAGUGUCUACCCAAGAGAGAAAUUGCUGCCUACAUUGGCAAAUUAGACCCGUUUUGUCACAAAGUGCUCAAGUCAUACAUGGACCAGUUUGAUUUUACGGGAAUGGUAUUAGACGAGGCAUUUAGAAAAUUGUGUCAAAAACUCUAUUUUAAAGCAGAAGCACAAGAGAUUGAUCGUAUCCUCGAGGUGUUUUCGCACAAAUUUUGGAGCCAAAACUCUGAUAAGCGGUUGUACAAGAACGCGGAUGUGGUUUAUACGAUUACCUACUCCAUCAUGUUAUUGAAUACGGAUCUCCAUCUGGUACAAAUCAGUAGUCAUUCUAAAAUGACUAGUAAUUUGUUCUGUGAAAACACAAUGUCCACUGUGCUCGAGCAAAAGAUUGACCUGGAUGAUGAGGAGGACAUGGACGUGUGGAAAAAUCAGCUGGAACUAUGCUUGAAGGAGAUAUACGCAUCUGUUAAAAACCACGGUGUUUUGCAACCGAUAUCAGAAGACGAUGCUCCAAAGUCUUUUCUCAAAAGGAUGGGAUCAAUGACACAGAGAAAGAAAAAGGGGUCUUCAUCUUCAUCUUCAGAAUGCUAA